GACAAGAAGAUCUAAUCCCUUAAAGAUUUUAAGUGUUUAAGAAAUAUAUAAGAUGGUUUUCCAUAAUGUACUUAGGUCUAAAAAUUUUUUCAUAUACUUAAAAAGUUAAUUUUUUUCAUUUAUACUUAAGAUUAAAAACAAGGUUUUAUCAUGAAAUUAGAUAAGCAUUUGUUUCAAUCCAAAACCUUGAAACUAAUGGUUUCUAAAUUGACUUUAAAAUGAUUUUUAAAGGGGUUACAUAUGUUGCUAAGAAGUUUGAACCUAAAAUUGGAAGUUUUUAUGCAAUUUUGGGUGCAAUGAUUUGAGGGUCAGUCAUGGACCAGUGGAGGGCGCACAAAACCUUUAUCUCUCUUUUGGAUGUUAAUGUAUUGUUGAUGGAGGGUCAAUCGAAUCUCAAAAGUACCAAAAGUCACAUACAAAGUAUUAAAUGAACCAAUAACUAAUGAAUGGUUGAACUAAAGUUUAACUAUUUGAGAAUAUUUUUUAUGGUUUUAGGUGUUUGAUGUUAUUUUCUAUAAACCAAAGAUCCCUACAACCUUUAUUGAGAAGCAACAUCAGCAUCAAAUUGAGAAACUACUUAUUUCUCACUUUCAAAGCUUUUCAUUAAGAGUGCAUGGAAUUCAAACUUGCAUAUUCCUUAAGUACACCACAACAUCCAUUCUAAAUUUUCUUGUCUUGUGAGCCAAGUUCAUUAUAGGGUUAAAAGAGUUCAAUUCUUGUAGAGAAUGUUCAAAGUCCUUUGUAACCUUACAAUCCAAGUGUAAAAAGGUUAAAGACUUUGGCUUUAAAGUUUUGGUAUAGUAGAACACUAUUUUUUCUCUCUUAUUACGGUUGACAGGCCUUGUCUCUACAUGACAGCUGAGGCUUCAAGUGAAUCUGAAAUCAACUGUAAGUCCUAUAUGGUUUCCGUUUCCCCAGUCUCAUUUCAUACCUAGGGUUCAGUUCUGAUACCUUUUGUGGGUUUCACUAGUGAAUUUGGUUAUUGGGUGUUCCAGAUGAAUUUGAAUUCUGAACAUUCAAUCUAUUGUUUUUGGUGUUUUUCCAUGAGAUUUUCCAUUUGACUGUGAUUUCCCAUCCUCUACAGGCUCAACAAUCUUUAGUAAUACAAUACAAAUUCAUUAGUCACGGUAGCUGCAACCCAACAAAGCCAAUUAUCCUUUGGUGAAAACCCAAUACAAUUUCAAAACUUCCAUUGAUUCUUCCCCAGAAAUCAACUUCAUAAGUAGUCUAGUUUCAGGGGAAAAGAUGGAAGACCAACAUACAAGAAUGUGAGAAUUGGCUGUUCAUGGCUUAUAAGCGUGUGCAAAACCUUCUUCAUGGCCAAAAGUAUCGGAAAACUAUGCGAAAUGGAGGUAUGCAGAUCAGUACAAUGCGUAAUAGCCAUUCAGAAGAACAUAUUCCUUUUGAAUGGUAUGACAAGGCCUUUCCACAAAUGGUAAAAUUGAGUCAGCUGUUGAAAAAUGUGGGUUCGAUUGAUGGAAGGUUAGUUAAUAUUGAUGAUUAUUCAACUGUCUUCGAUGAGCGUAUUGAACAAAGAAUGCAGACUUUCAAGUCGCUCGCUCGAGCUUUUCUUGGGUCUCCAUUGAUGCAGCAAGCAGUGAAGAAGAAUAUGGCAUCACUGGCAGCUGGGCAAUGCACAUUGCCUGAUUGUUUCGGUAAACCGAAUGAAAGGGAGCCCAUGACUGUGAAUUCACUGACUAAAGUCUGCAACUUCUUGAACAUUUCUGCUCAGCAAAGGAAGGAAGUACGUUUCACAGUAUGCUCACAAGUCACACAGCAUCGGAUAUGGGUGGGUGCGCUGGAGGAGAUACUGAAUGGAUUGAAAUCCGAGAUGGAGUCUCUGGAUCAUCAACGUCAUCCUCCAGGCAAAGGGAUGAUGAUGGGGCAGCAAAUAGUCCUGAGCUGCCUGAAUUUCUUAGCUGAUAAGGCCAUUUCCUAUGAUCCUGACUCUACUUCAUGGAUGCGGCCUGCGCCUGCAAGAGCACCCGAAUCCCCUUCUCGUAAAUGGGGAGAAGUUCUGGUGAUGUUCAACCACCUCCUCAAGUGUUUAAGAACUGCUGAGAAGGGACUACUUUUACAUGUCUCAAAGCUGGAGGCCAUGAAAGAGGGGUUGUCUCAGAUCAAGGAUGUGUUGGUAGAUAGAAAUAUAGGAUACAAGGAGGCUAGGCACCAAGAAAGCCUAGUGCAGAAAAAGCUCGGAAAGACACUGGGUCACUCGUCCCGGUGCUUGUUCACACUAUUGGUAUACUAUCUCUUCGGUAGCAUCAGAGACAUUGAAGUAGAAGUCUGUGGUGGGGUGUAUGGAAGUGAGGGUGGGGAUAGGUUCUGCUUAUACAUGGGGAGGAUUCUGACUUCAGAUGAGGAGAAAAUGGUGUGGAGUGGGGUGAAGCAGUUGGAUAGGGCACUUGGUCUCUUCAAAUUCGUAUGGGAGACUGCAAAAAUGAAGGGGGUUUUGGAGCUGCAAGGUCAUCUAUGGUGUGUAGGGGCUGAGGAGAGGUCAUUUAAGUAUAGGGGAAAUGUGUUUUUUGUACAUAGGAUUAAUAUCUGAUCAGAGGAUCUCUCCAAAAUCAGUUUGAAGGGCAUUCUGGGACUCCUCUGAGGAUUCAAACCUCCAGGCAUGUGUUCUUUUGCCCUUUCAUUUGAUAUGUUAUUUAGUCAUUUCCAUUUAAAAUGGUGAAUGUAUCAAUGGAGCAUUCUUUUUGUUAA